AUGUUCUUCACCAAGCCAGAUCUUACUUCUGGCUCUCGACCAGCGCUCCUACCGGAUGAGACUCUCCUGUUCGUACAAGAUAGCGUGGGUCUUUACGAAGGCAAGUACAAGAUCGCAGCAUGUCAGAAGGGCCAUGCUUAUCUAACAUCACACCGAGUCUGCUAUGUUGACGAUGAGGAUCCUCGCAACCACUCUCUGGCGGUCGACUUGAAAGAUGUUGAGCGUCAUGAAUUUCAAGCGGGAUUCUUGAGAUCUUCGGCAAAGAUCACUCUGCAUCCUAAACCUCUCAAGCGUGGCUACGGUAGCUUGCGCCAACCUGUCAGUGCCAUUUCGCCUGCCCUUCAAAGGAUAUCUUCGGCAUCGUCACCAGUGUCAAGAGCACCGAGUCCAUUUCCCGAUGGUCCAGCUCGAGUCGCUUCUCCUCAACUAGAUAGGGGCACCUGGAUCUGUUCAAUUUGUACCUUUCCUAACCCCGUCCCAUCAAAUUUCGACCCAACGAUAGCCACGGAAGCUUUCCCACUUCCGCCGUGUCUCACUUGCGGGAUCAAGCCAGAAUUUGCUCAUGUACUGAAAGCCGCUAUCGCUGCCAACGCUAAACGAGCAUCUGCGGGCUCAAGCACGACAGAUCCGCCUCCUGCUUCGAGCAAGGCUCCGCGUGUGAGCACAGCCGAAUCGAAAUCCAUCACGUGUCCUCGCUGUACGUUCCAUAAUCAUCCCUCAUUAUUAAAUUGCGAGAUAUGUGGAGCGGAUCUGCCCCGACUAGCUUCUACCACAGCUUCUGCGCCGCCAGAACGCCCUGCCUCCCCAGGCCCGGAAAUCGCCAAUCUCAACCUCGACGAAGAUCACAGCAGUCAGAGCAUCAAGUUCUCAUUCAGAACCGGAGGAGAUAGGGUCUUUCUGGAAAAGCUGAAGAGCGCUUUGGUCCAGCGGAAAUGGUUGCUUGAACAAGCUCCGCCAGUCCCGCGACCCGAUCAAGACACACGCUCGAGCACUCCAGACGUCACCGCCUCUCCAGCCAGUCGGCCUCAAUCCACAUCCGUGGGUAUCGCGGGCCUCGAGCAGCGAGGACUGCAGAGCAGGCGGAACAAUGAGGCCGUACUUGGCUCUGCAUUUGGAGAUCUCGAGGCGCUCAUGGCUUCUGCCAAGGACAUCGUUGCCCUGGCGGAGAAAUUUGCACAAGAUUCUGGCAGUGGUGGGUCAAAUCCGCUGCUCUCCGAGAGCGCCACAGCGAUGGGCAUGGUCACCACCAGAGAUAUUUCAGGAGACAGCUCAAAUACAUUGUACAUAAACGAGCUGUCCCGGAACCUGGCUGAGUAUGUAUCAGAUGAGCGCAGAGGCAUACUGCGUACAAACGGCGGCAUUGUAAGUCUGGUUGACUUGUGGGCUAUGGUAAACCGAGCACGUAACGGUGUAGAGCUGAUCAGUCCUGGCGACUUCCACCAGGCUGCAGUCGCCUGGGAGCGCCUGAAUCUGCCUGUCCGUCUACGUGAGUUUCGAAGUGGGCUCCUUGUUGUGCAACCAAAAGACUGGACGGAUGAAAGGGUGCUCAGUCAGAUCACAGGUUGGCUUAGAUCGUUGCAACAAUCGCCUCCAGAAGAGCCGCCCGCGUGGGAUUGGGCGGUCUUCGGCUGCGGUGUGACUGCACAAGAAGCAGCUUCACGCUUUGGCUGGAGCAUUGGAGUAGCCACCGAGGAGCUGGAGAUGGUCGAGGAGAAAGGCGUCGUUUGUCGUGAAGAAGGCAUCGAAGGGCUGAAGUUUUGGCUCAACCUUUUUGUUGAUGGAAAUGAUGAGGAAGACUGA